AACUCAAAUUCAUAUCAUAAAUCAAUUCAAAACGAAAGCAAUACAAGUAAUUCAUUGAAAUUCAUCAUUUGGGGUUCAAUUUUUUUGAGGUAGAAAAUGGAGAAGAAGGGUGCUGGAGGAAGAAAAGGUGGUGGUCCAAAGAAGAAGGCAGUUACAAGAUCUGUUAAGGCUGGAUUACAGUUUCCGGUGGGUAGAAUUGGUAGGUAUUUGAAAAAGGGUCGUUAUUCUGAACGAGUUGGAAGUGGUGCACCUGUUUAUCUUGCUGCUGUGCUUGAGUACCUUGCUGCUGAGGUUUUGGAAUUGGCUGGAAAUGCAGCGAGAGAUAACAAGAAGAACAGAAUAAUACCAAGGCAUGUUUUGUUAGCUGUGAGGAAUGAUGAAGAACUUGGAAAGCUUCUAUCUGGUGUAACCAUUGCUCAUGGAGGUGUUCUUCCUAACAUCAAUCCAAUUCUUCUGCCUAAGAAAUCUGAUAAAGUUGGAAAAGAACCUGCUAAAUCACCAUCUAAGGCUACCAAAUCACCACGAAAGGCUUAAAUUUGUGAAGAACAACACUCUACCAAAGUUGCAUGAUUUUAGGAUUUUAUGAACUUGUGUUUGGUUCAAAUAAAUCUGUUAAUGUAUGUAGGUUUGGUAUCUAAUUUCUGCUUGUUGUGUAGGGGGCUUAUAAGCCUUAGGAACAAUGUACUUGUUUUAUGUUUUGUAAAACAAAUCAUUUGCAGUUUUAUCAAAUAUCACUUCAAUGGUUAUAAGUGAAGGAAA